AAAUCACUGUUAUGAUAUUUUCCAUCCUGCUGCCUUUCAACCAUUCUUACUGAACUAAAUUUGCAUUUUAAUAUAACAGCAAACUUUGAAAUGAUAGUGAUGAUGAAACAUAAGUGUUAGAUCACCACUGACCCACAUGUCAGAACUUGUUCUUAUCUCUUAGAAAUGUGGAGUGAUGAGUAUACAAUUGUCAGUUUAACUUGUGGCAUUUCAGUGCCAUCAGAAUAUAGUAUUCCAAUCAGUGAUAUCAUUUCUGCUCCCACGGCAGUCUCCCAUUUGUGAGAUGUUCAAUAACUAAAACUUAACUAAAACUAGGUGGCCCACAGUCUAAUACAUUCACUCUGAAUGUAAACCUGUGGAAAUUAUCCAGUCAGCAUGAAUUGUAGUUUUUUAAGAGUUUUUCUUUUUUUUCCAAAAACUUGAUUGCUUUGAAUUUGAAUGUGUUUUUAUUGCUCUUAAAAGUUGAUGAGUUUUAUUUCCUGUUGUUAUUGUUGCGACAAAACAACAUUGGAUAAUGGAUAUUCAAUGAAGAAGGGAGAAAAUGCAUUUAAUGGAGAAAUCACAUAGAUAAAAAAAUUUAUGGAAUUUGCUGUAUUGUCACCUUCCAGAAAGAGUCAUGUUAUGAAAUUCAGCAUUUAAGGUCAAAUUGUUAAAAACUAAAAAUCAGGUUGAAUAAUGUUUUUGUGUUUAUACAGCAUAUUUCUUGUUUCAUUUUCAGCUUGAUCGCAUGAAUGAGGAUUGUUGUAGCGUAAGGGAAAACACUUGAUUCAAUUUAUUUAUAUAGUGCCAAAUUACCACAAAGGUUGCCUCAUGACACUUUCCAAUUAGAGCAGGUCUAGACCAAACUCUGCAAUUUCAUUUUUGGUACAAAGAGGCACAAAAAAAAAAUACAUGAGCAUGCACUUGGUGGGAGUGGCGAGGAAACAAAAAUAUAAUGAAUAACAACCCAUACAUGGAAAAGAAAAGCUGUGAAAAGUAUGUUUCAUACACACAAAAAUGCACUUUAUAAUAUUUUUAAUGACACUGUUGCAGAUGCACUUAGAAUUGUGAAUGUUUUUGCUAUUUGCAGCACUUCUCAUUUUCUCCUUAGCUUUAUGGAUCCUAAAAAAAAUAGGGAACAUUAUGUUAGGAAAAGAAGAUUGCAACUGUAAGGAUUUGAUAAUGAUAAGGUAGAAAAGUAGCUUCUUUCAGCACCCUACCCUUCUUUCUGUGGCCACCCUGCCCCCCAGCACACAUUACAAUGCUAGACUCCAUCCCCCAUACCCCCCCCCCGGAACAGGGUGGGUGUGUAUGCAUGGGUUUCCCCAACUAUUUAAGCAGAUUCCGACAGAUGGUUGAGGAACUUUUCUCCUGGGGUUAAGUUGCUCUUUCUCUCAACGUACUGCCUCAAAACGGACCUGACUACUCAUUUUCUCUACCCCAAAAAAUAUAUUUUUCAGUUUCAUGGACAAGCAGUUUUUCUUCCUCUGUCCAUCUAAAAACAACAUUCAAAGUGAAAUCUCUGAUACUUUGAACUUUAUUUUGUUUUGUUUUUUUUGUUUUUUUUACUGCUGCUCCUCAACUCCCCAAGACCAGACUUGGAGUGUCUUGCUCUUUCUUCUCUUCGGACCCAGCAUCUUUUUGCCCUCCAAAGCCUUCCUUCAUUGUGGGAAAAGACAUCCAUCUUUUUCAUACAGGACGGUGAAGUGAAUCAUGCCUUCCCACUUUCUAACGCCUUUCCUUGAACUAGAUGAAGAGUUUUGCAAGAGUUUCCGCGGCCUUGAGGCAACAGAUGGUUCGCCUACCAGCUCACAGCAGCAGCAGCACAGUCUCAGAGUCCUGGGCUUCCAGCGUCGACAUUCUCUCUGCCCCGUGACCCUCCCAAACUCCAAAUUCAACAGCAGCGGCUCUGAGGUGACUGAUUCAGCGUGCUGGGAGCUUAACAUGGCCUCCAAUCAGCAGUGGAGCAGAGAGAGUCAGCUUCCCCUCUCCUCGCUCAGCCACAUCCCAUUCAGAGUCGACCGCUCAGCCAGCAUGAUUGAAGGCAACAUCGGUAGCUUGGGGGCCAGAGAGGACAAAAUAUCAAAUGUGUCCCCUCCACUGCUGCUUUCUCCACCAGGUCUCUGCAUCAGCAACACAUCUGUCUCCUCCACUACUUCUCCCUCUGUCUCCAGACCCCUGGCCCCUUCACCUCAUAUCUCCACCCGGUACAAGACUGAACUGUGUCGCACCUAUGAGGAAAGUGGGACCUGCAAGUAUGGCACCAAAUGCCAGUUUGCCCAUGGCUUGGAUGAGCUGAGAGGCCUCAGCAGGCACCCGAAGUACAAGACUGAGCCAUGUCGCACUUUCCACACGAUAGGUUUCUGCCCGUAUGGUGCCCGCUGCCACUUCAUCCACAAUGCUGAUGAGCUCUGUGCUGGCAACACUGCUGUACUUAAUCGGAAACAUAAACUGAGGCCACCUCUGCUGCGUCACAGCCUGAGCUUUGCAGGCUUCUCAUCUCCACAGACUUUCCAAACAGUUGAGGAGUCUCAACCCUCUUCCCUCCUCUUUACCAGGGCCUCCUCUGUCUCCCCUUCACUCUCUACAGGGAGCCCAGAGCUCCUCUCUCCUCUCUUCCCUGAGCCAGGGACACUGAAGAAUUCUCCCUACUCCUUUUCUGGCAUCUCUGAUCUAGCAGGAGACAGUAGUGAUUUGGCUCUGCGCUUUUGUGGUGUGAGUGAUUCAGUCAGUUCCAAGUGUCUCUCCUCCAAAAACCCAAACCUCACCCAGCAACUGCCAGUCUCUUUCAGCGCCCCACCUGGCCUACAUCGCUGUUCCUCGGCUGACUCCCUCUCUGAAGAAGGCUACACCUCUUCCUGCUCCAUCAGCUCCUCCGCCAGUGGCACAGAGUCACCAAGCUUUGAAGGCCGACGCCUGCCCAUCUUUAGCCGCCUCUCUGUUUCAGACGAGUAGGGAAAGAUUUUACCAUGGGACUGAAUUUAAACAGGAAUAGAAGGUCUAAUUGUUUAACUGUAUGUGACCAGCAUCUGAUAUUUGGUUUUUGUCAUGUUAUUUCCACACAGUAUAGGGUCUAAAUGAAGUAAAAACUCCAAGUUCAGAUAUAAGUCACAAAGGAUUAAAACUUUAGGUUUUCAGCUCCUGCCUGAAUUCGUCCAGGUAAACAAACCUAACUUUGUGCAUAUUGCAUUUCUCAUCCAAGCAGUUGUAACACUGCUCAGUGUUCGUCCAGUUUUAGCUGACUUCUCUUUUUGUUUGUUAUUUUUGUAAUAUUUUUUAUGUCAUUGUUACUGCUGUAUACUGUUGUAUACCCACUUUUAGAGAAUACCUAGAGGGUUCUUCACUUAAGUUUUCCUGCUCAGUGGGAAGUUCUGUGUGAGAACUUCCUGUACACAGAUCUAAGAAGGAUUAUAUUUAUGCUGUUUGGCCUAUGACUGGUGUGCUGUCCACUAAAUACAUCAGUGUUGUGUUUUUACAGAUUUCAUUUUGCUGCUUACAAAGUGUUAAAAUGAUGCCACCCAGCAGCACUUCUCCAGUCGUAUUUAAGGCUCUCUGACUGUACAAAACCAACCUCUUGUCCAUCAGUAAGAGGGUUAAAUAACUGUAUGCUGUCAGUAAUUGACUGAUUGGUGGAUUGUAUGGCUGUUGCCACUUGAUUGUAUUGUCAGCUAAUUUAACAGCCUGGCAAGGAAGUUGCUAAGUCACAAGUGUAGGCAUCCCACUGACUCUCUAGUGACCAAAGUUGAUGUUAGAGUUCCCUAACUUAAGAUAGGCUUUUAUUAGUCCCACACGGGAAAUUCACAGCUUCAUAAAACUGUUAACAACUAGCCUAACCUUUAGCAAUGACAGGUAAUAUACAAUGUUAUGAAUUAUUGUUGUUAAUUUAGCUUAAUACUUAUGUUAGACUUAUUUAUUGCUUUUUGUAUAAUUUGUCUCUGUCAGAGUUUGCUUUGUGAUGGUGUUUUUUUAAUACCAGAGAAAAUAUGCUUUACUUAUACAUCCAUGAUGUCCUUCUGCUUUUUACACCAUGCAGUAGCUUUAAGAAGGCUCCUGGAGAGGAGAGGAUCAAUAUAUUGGCAUUGCAUGUGUAUGUUGUCUUAUUGACCAGUCCGGGCUGAUUGGAUGUUCAUAUCAAAAGCAGCUCAAGGAGUUAGUCAGUGGUUUCUCUCUUUGACUAUAGACAUCUAGUAAUGAUAGUACACCCAAAUUUUAGAGAAGCAUCAUCUUCUGCUGUUGGUGUGAGCAUACAGUGAGUAUAGUCUCCUCUCCAGUAAGUCUCACAUUUCUGACUAAUAAUUUGGGCGGUGCUCUUAUCUAAAUAAAAACAAAGCAGUGGUGAAAUAGGAGUUUAACACACAUACAAUGCCUAAGUGUGAUUCAGCAAUGGUCAGUACCAAUUGUGAGCUCAACGAAAAAGCAAAAAUAUUUUAAUGACAAAAAAAAUUAAUAUGUGUAUCAGAACUGUUGUAUUGCUGCAUUGUAGUCUGCUGUGUUAUCGUACCUGUUUUGUUUGUUGCUAUAAACGAACAGGUGAAAAGGUGACCUUUGUUCAUAUUUUUAUCUAUCAGAGUUGCCUUGAUGACAAUGUGUUUGUAGGUUGACCUUUAUUGCACGCUAAAUAGCUAGCUAAUUCUCUGAGCAGCAGUUGAAAUCAAGAUUUGUGCUCUUUGUUUUGUGUUCUGAAGUCGACUCGACCUGCGCUGACUGCUAAGUCCAGAGACGCUUGUUGCUUACUGUUAGCAUGACUUGACCGAAAACCUAUUUUGUAACUUUUGUUAACUUAAAGUCUUAUUUAUUUUGUUUUUCAAAGCAAAAGCUAUAUUGCAUUGUUUGAUGUGGGUUUUUUGUUUCACAUAACUUAAGUACAUUUAUUGUUUACAUUUCAUGAGUGAUGUUGAUACCCUAGCUCUUUAUCUUAAUAUAUUUGUCUAUCUUAUUUCAAAAUAAAAGUCUUGGAACAAUAAGACUUGUUUUAUGAAUGGUUACACUUUUCUGUCAUUUUGUUUCAUAGUGCACAGGAAAUGGUUGAAUUUGAGUAAGAGUAUAGUUUGGAUUUAAAAUAUUUCCU